AUGUCCGGGCUUGUAAAUUACAGCAGCGAGGAGGAACAAGAUGAUUAUUCAUACACAAAAGCGGCUGAACGUGAUAGUAGACAGCAGCGUGCAUCCGGAAGCGGUGGAUCUGGUGAUAAGAAACAGCGGCGUGAACGUUCCGUGAUUUCAUCCAGUUCGAGCAAUGACAGUGAACAUGGAACGCCACCGCCGCCACCUUCUCGCAAAGAGAAAAAUCGCAGUGAACGUUCCUCCAAGGGUGGUAGCGGUGCCAACAACAUAAGCGGCAGCAGUGGCAGUCAUUACAACAGUCAUCACGAUGAGGAUAAACAUAAAACCGACAAACAACGUUCGGAAAAAUAUAAUCGUGAUUCAUCUCGUGAUCGCAGAGGUGGAGGGGGUGAUGGCCGCAGAGAUUCCUCAAAAUAUGGCCGAGAUAAUCGUGACAGCCGAGAUUUUAAGGAUGAUUAUAAUAAGAACUAUGACAAUGGAGGAAAUUGGAAUGAUAAAAGGUAUUCGGAUAAUAAACGACACAGUAAGGACUAUAAACGUGACAGUGGCAAUAAACGUAAUGAUGGCGGAGCUGCUGCUGAUCACUAUCGUGAUGAAAAACGUUCUCGUUAUGAUGAUAGAAAAUCAUCGGCAUCAUCAUCGAAUAACUAUAACAAAGAUCGGUCAUCAACUAAUUCGUCAAAGUAUCGCUAUGAUGAUCGCAAAACAAAUGAUCAACAACGACGGGGCGAUGAUCGUCGUGAUGACAAACGGAUAAUUGAUGAAAGACGUGGCGGGGGGGACAACAAUGGCAGUUCAUAUAAUGACAAAAAGGGAGGAGGAGAUUAUCGCAACCGUAGCGGCGAUUACCAUGAGAAAAAAGAUUAUCGCAGCAAUACAGAUGAUCGCAAUGGUUCGCAACGUUCCUCAUAUUAUCAGGAUAGAACAGCAUCAUCAUCGGUAUCAUCAUAUCGACCAAAUAGCAAAUAUUCAUUAGAUCGUCGCGAAGAAAAUGAACAGCGUAAGUAUGAAUCACAAAGCGGUCAAGCCGAAUCGUCAAGCAAACAAAACAAAAAUGAACCCCAUAGCUCACAAAGGGGCGAAUAUCCUAAUGAAACAACAUCAUGCAGCCGUCCAGAUGAAUCCAAGUCGUCAGGAUCAUUAUCAUCCAAUGGGGGAGGAGUAGGAGGAGGUGAUGGCCCGACUGUUGCUACUGAAAAGAAGGUCUUACCUUCUGCACGCAAUUUUGAAGCCCUUUUAUCCCUGCCACUCAGUGAAACAGCACCCAAACAACCCAAUGUUGUAACAGUUCCUCCAAUCGGCGCUUUAAAACAGGAUGGUGAUUCCCCCGCAGCAGCUCUCACAACGGUACAGUUACCUAGUUAUUACAAUCCCAAAGUCAUAAAUCCCAAUAAAUAUGCCGAACAAAUACAAAAACGUAAACUAAUAUGGGGCGCAAAGAAAACCGAAGAUGCCGCCUCGAAAUGGGGUCAUGCCCAGUUCUCGCAAGAUUCAGAUGGUAAAGUGGCAUCGAAAUUUAUGCGUCUAAUGGGUAUAAAAAAUGCUCCCCCUACAUCGUCGGAAACAGCUGCUGCUGAGUCAGGUGACAAAAAACCGGACGGCACCUCUCCCAACAAUAAUCCCGAUUACAAAUCCCGCGAAGCAAUGUUCUCAACAAUGGAACAGCAAUAUGAAGUGGCACGGCAAGUUACGCACACUAUGCGUGGUGUGGGUCUAGGUUUUAGUUCCCAAACAAGACCUUAUUAGAUAAUG